ACCUGACACACACACAGACGCAAACACACCGCAGAGGAGAGAGAAGAGGACUGGACCGAGUUUCCACACAGCAGAAACCAUGACACCCGUCAGGAAGCGACACUGGUUUUUCAUCCUUCUUCAUUGUUUCCUGUUUGGCAGUUUAGUUGAUUCCUCUCCCCUGUCCUCCGCCGCCAGCUUCCUGUCCAUCACCUCCACGGUGGGGAACCAGGUGGUCCUUCCCUGCAGCUGGAAGUCCCGCCUGGGGCAAGUGGAUCCGCCCGCCUGCCACAUCCAGUGGAAGACGCCAGAUAGCACGGUGUUCGAACAGUGGGGGAAGAUGAAGUGGCAGGCGGUGGAGUUUCAGGGCCGGGUGGAGGUUCCUGAGGACAAGCUGGGGUCCGGGGACUGUUCUCUGAUCAUCAACGAUGUUCAGAUCAAAGACACGGGGAGAUACGAGAGCUUCAUGGUGGUGAACGGAGUGAUGUCUGAAAAAACCAGAGUCUUCAUUCAGAGCGUCAAGCUAUCUGUGUUUGAUCACAAGUCUCUUCAGUCUCGUGCUCCAGGUGAGGACUUGGUUCUGGAUCUUUACACCAGUCACUCAGUGCGAGUGGUCUUCCAGGGCAGAAACAGCUCGGAGUGGUCCGUCCUGUGGAUGAGGGAGGAUAAAGACAGUCAGCGUCUGGAGAAACAUCCGGUUAACGAGCAGCUGACAAUAAAGAGGUUAAAGAGGUCAGACGAUGGAAUUUAUAAAGUUCUGGACGAACUCGGCCUCGCUGUCAGCACCGUGCAGCUCUCUGUGGAAGAAAAAUCUACAGCUCAGAGAGUCCAAGAGAUUACGGAAAAUCAAGCGCUAGCAGAUGACGCUGCCAAAAGCAGCUGCUCAGCUCUUCUCGUCUUGUCUGUUCUUGUUUUGAAUCUCCAAAGACUUUAUCUCCUCUGAGACAAUCUCCUCUGCAAAUAUAACGUCUAAUGGAGGCGGUCCAGCUGACCUUUCUCCAGCAGAGCCUCGGCCUCCUUCACGAAGGCGAUCAUCCCUCCGAACGGAGGAGAAAGAAUCUCCUCGAUAAACUCCUGAAGGAGGAAGAGGAGCCAAAACAUGACGG